AGGGCCGCCUGGAAUUGGAACCUCCUGAGAGCGGGCGGUGGGAGUCUGCUGGCCGGAGCCGAGGACGGGCCGCGGCCGGCACGCCCUGCGCCCCAGAGCACGGUCGCUGCCUCUUCGGCUGCCUUCCCUUCCUCGGGCCCUCCCCUCCAGACGCCCCCAUGGCGCAGUUCGUGUUCGAGAGUGACCUGCACUCGCUGCUCCAGCUGGACGCGCCCAUCCCCAAUGCACCGCCCGCCCGCUGGCAGCGCAAAGCUAAGGACGCGGCGGGGCCCGCCCCCUCGCCCAUGCGGGCUGCCAACCGGUCCCACAGCGCCGGCAGGACCCCGGGGCGAACCCCUGGUAAAUCCAGCUCUAAGAGUCAGACCACUCCCAGCAAGCCUGGCGGCGACCGCUAUAUCCCCCAUCGCAGUGCUUCCCAGAUGGAGGUGGCCAGCUUCCUCCUGAGCAAGGAGAACCAGCCAGAAAACAGCCAGACGCCCACCAAGAAGGAACAUCAGAAAGCCUGGGCUUUGAACUUGAACGGUUUCGAUGUGGAGGAAGCCAAGAUCCUUCGGCUCAGUGGAAAACCACAGAAUGCCCCAGAGGGUUACCAGAACAGACUGAAAGUGCUCUAUAGCCAAAAGGCCACACCUGGCUCCAGCCGGAAGGCAUGCCGUUACAUUCCUUCCCUGCCAGACCGCAUCCUGGAUGCCCCUGAAAUCCGGAAUGACUACUACCUGAAUCUUGUGGAUUGGAGCUCUGGAAAUGUCCUAGCCGUGGCACUGGACAACAGUGUGUACUUGUGGAAUGCUAGCUCUGGUGACAUCCUGCAGCUGCUCCAAAUGGAACAGCCUGGGGAGUAUGUAUCUUCUGUAGCCUGGAUCAAAGAGGGCAACUACCUGGCUGUGGGUACCAGCAGUGCUGAGGUGCAGCUGUGGGAUGUGCAACAGCAGAAACGGCUUCGAAACAUGACCAGUCACUCUGCACGAGUGGGCUCCCUGUGUUGGAAUAGCUAUAUCCUGUCCAGUGGCUCACGCUCCGGCCAUAUCCACCACCAUGAUGUUCGUGUAGCAGAACACCAUGUGGCCACACUGAGUGGCCACAGCCAGGAAGUAUGUGGAUUGCGCUGGGCCCCAGACGGACGACAUUUGGCCAGUGGUGGCAAUGAUAACUUGGUCAAUGUGUGGCCCAGUGCUCCUGGAGAAGGUGGCUGGGUUCCCCUGCAGACAUUCACCCAGCAUCAAGGGGCUGUCAAGGCUGUAGCUUGGUGUCCCUGGCAGUCCAAUGUCCUUGCAACCGGAGGGGGCACCAGUGACCGACACAUUCGCAUCUGGAAUGUCUGCUCUGGGGCCUGUCUGAGUGCUGUGGAUGCUCAUUCCCAGGUGUGCUCCAUCCUCUGGUCUCCCCACUACAAGGAGCUCAUAUCAGGCCAUGGCUUUGCCCAGAACCAGCUGGUUAUUUGGAAGUACCCAACCAUGGCCAAGGUGGCUGAGCUCAAAGGUCACACAGCCCGGGUCCUGAGUCUGACCAUGAGUCCAGAUGGGGCCACAGUGGCAUCAGCCGCAGCAGAUGAGACCCUGCGGCUAUGGCGCUGCUUUGAGUUGGAUCCUGCUCGCCGGCGGGAGCGGGAAAAGGCCAGUGCAGCCAAAAGCAGCCUCAUCCACCAAGGCAUCCGCUGAGGACCAACUCAACACCUUCAGUGUUUUUUUUUGUUUUUUUUUUCCUAAUAAAGUCACGUCUCC